AUGAUCGAGGAUACAGUGAAGCAAGUAAGGGAAAUUCAAGCUAAGAUUCAAGCAGCUCAAGAUUGCCAAAAGAGCUACGCAGAUUUGAAGCGUAGAGAAGAGGAGUUUGAUGUUGGUGACAAGGUGCUAUUAAAGGUAUCGCCAAUGAAGGGAGUAAUGAGAUUUGGAAAGAAAGGAAAACUAAGCCCAAAGUACAUUGGUCCAUAUGAAAUACUGCAGAAGAUAGGCAAAGUAGCUUAUAGGUUAGCCUUACUUAUGGAGCUAAGUAAAGUGCUUGAUGUAUUUCAUGUGUCUCAAUUAAGAAGGUACAUACCUGAUAAAUCCCAUGGGCCACAACCUGAAACCAUUGAGCUAGACCAAAGUUUAACCUAUGAAGAGAGACCUGUCAAAAUUUUUGACAGUAAAGUGUGUAGUACACGCAAUAAAAAUGUUAAGAUUGUGAAAGUGUUGUGGUCUAACCAAGAAUAUAAGGAAGACACUUGGGAGGCAAAAGAAGAAAUGAAAAAGAAAUACCCAGAGAUGUUUCAGGGCUUCAUGCUGGUGAGUUUGCAUAGUAUAGGAAACUUGCGCAAUCUGAGCCAGAAUCAAAUAGAGGAGCAACAACCUGUUGUGGUCUCUGAUGUGGAGGUUAGUAGUACCUCUGUUGUGGUCUCUGAUGUGGAGGUCUCUGAUGUGGAGGUUGGUAGUACCUCUGUUGUGGUUGUUGUACCUGUGGUGGAGGGCUAA